AUGGCCGCGCCCGCGGCCGAGGUGCUGGGCGUCGUCGACGGCGACGUCGUGGCGCCGGCGCAGAUCUCCCUCGCGGAGCGCGUGCACGCCAUGCAGCAAGAACUGGAUCUCCCGGAGGCCAUGGUCAGUGACCUCCUCAGCGUCUCCGGCGCCGACAUCGUCGUCAUCGCCGACGACAGCGGCUCCAUGAACGCCAUCUCCGACUUUAAGGCGCACACGACGCGCUGGGACGAGCUCAAGAACACGCUCACGUCGCUGGCGAAGAUGCUGCUCGUCGUCGACCACGCCGACGGCUUCCACGUCCAGUUCCUCAACGACGCCACCUGGCACGAGAUCCACCGCCCCGAGGAGGUCGUGCGGCUCUUCACCGGGAGGUCGCCCCACGGCACGACGCCGCUCAUGGGCCGCAUGCAGCCCGUCCUCGACGGCUCGUGGCACCCGAAGGGCCACGGCGCGGAGACGGACGUGCUCGUGCUGGUGAUGACGGACGGCGUGCCCAGCGACACGAGCUUCGACGGUCUGCGCAAGAUCGUCCGGGCCAAGCACCGCAAAUGCUUCGUGUCGUUUCUGAUGUGCACCGACGAGGACGCGAUCGUCGAGAACUACAACAAGUACAUGGACAGCAUCCCGGGCGUCGACAUCACCGACGACUUCCUCUCGGAGCAGCAGGAGGCGGCGAAGCACGGACGGAAGCUGAGCUACUUCAAGUGGCUCGCGAAGGCCGUGCUCGGCGGCAAGAUGCCCAAGUACGACAAGCUCGACGAGGGCCAGAAAUGCAAGUGCGCCAUCUCCUAG